AGAGAGCCAGACGCAGAGCGGGAGGCACAGGCAGCAGCGCGGCGGCGGCGACGGCAGAGGAAGGAGGUGUCCAGUGGCGCCCCGGAGAGAGAAGCGGGGAAAGAGGGGGGCGAGCAGGGCCCAGGCCGCUGGACAGAGCUACGCCAGCGAGGGCUGACCGUGGCCGCUUGCCCGCGGAAGAAGCUGGUCAGGUGCACAGCCGAGGCCUGAGCCGGGAGCUCCUUAAGUUUCCGUGGGGGGCAUUCGCUGGGACGGCUGCCCAGACCACACCCCGCCAGCAGGAGCCUGAAGGGGGGCGACAGCCACACUCGCGCCUGGUGUUGUUUGAAGCCACGAGGAGACUCUUUGAGGGGGGUGAAAAGUGUUGCUCCCCUCAUCAAACAAGGGAGUCCCACGUGCUGUUCAGGAGCCACCCGUGGCAGAGGCGAAGAGCCGGUUUUCCUGAAGGGAAACUUCCAAAGCAAGGAUGACCGAGAACUCGUCCACGGCACCUGCUGCCAAGCCCAAGCGGGCCAAGGCAGCCAAGAAGUCGACAGACCACCCCAAGUACUCGGACAUGAUAGUGGCCGCCAUCCAAGCCGAAAAGAGCCGAGCUGGCUCCUCGCGCCAGUCCAUCCAGAAAUACAUCAAGAGCCACUACAAAGUGGGGGAGAACGCCGACUCCCAGAUCAAGUUGUCCAUCAAGAGGUUGGUGACGACAGGUGUUCUCAAGCAGACAAAAGGCGUCGGCGCUUCGGGGUCCUUCCGCCUGGCCAAGGGGGAUGAGCCCAAGAAAGCGCCCGUCAAGAAGGCUAAGAAGGAAGUCAAGAAGGCCGCAACACCCAAGAAAGCAGCCAAGCCCAAGAAGGCUGCUGCCAAGUCGCCGGCCAAGAAGCCCAAACCUGCGCCCAAAAAAGCCAAAAAGAAGCCAGCGCCUGCUCCAAAGAAAGCCAAGAAGCCAAAGACUGUCAAGGCUAAGCCAGUGAAGGCGUCAAAGCCUAAAAAGGCAAAAGCGUCGAAACCCAAAGCAAAGUCCAGUGCAAAGAAGUCGGCCAAGAAAAAGUGAAGUGCAUGCUUGGGACCUUCUUUCUUGGACUUUCUUCUUGACCUCUACUCUGUAAAUAGAUUCCUUCUUUGUUCUCUACUCCUUUCUAUUGCAGCUUUAUAAAAGACUGAACUAUUCCGCCUAUAAUGCUUUCAAUCGAUAGCUUUUUUAAAUGACACUCAUCAAUAUGAAAGUUCCCCUUUUUUUGGUUUGAAUUUUUCCCCCCAAUUAGAAUUUUAAAAAUAGAUUUCUGUGUUCAUCUUUCUUCCCCUCUCUCUUAAAGGUAUGCAAUACUUGUUUGUGUUUUUGAGCAUGAGGGAAGACCAGGUCAGAUAAGGGAAUAUUUUAGUGUUCCUAUUGCUUGGAGAUGAUUUUUAAAAAUAUUUGAAUUAAGAAAGGGACUUGCAUUGGAUGACUUUCUUAGCCAAGGCCCUGAAAUGGUGGGAUUAAGAAAGGUAACUAAUAGUGGAAGCCACCCAAGAUGGAAUAGGGUAACUUCAUUUUUUACAAAACUUCAAAAUUUCAUGGUGGAUAAGAUUCUAAUGUAACUGCAUACAUGUAGGAUGAUGUCUUUCUAGCCCUGGGAUGGACUGAGAUAAGCUUUUCACUGCUCUUUCAAGGGGAGGACUGUGCUGUUGUCUGGAGUGGGUGGUAGAGUUGGAGACAAGGAAUUAAAAUGAAUCAUGCGGGGGGGGGGGGGGAGAUCCUCUAUUUAAAAUCAUGAUAGUUUGACCACAACAAAGUGGGGAUACAGUGAAAAUUUAAUUUCCUGUCUCUUUCUAAACAAGUCUGACCACUGUCUUGGUCCCUGCCAACUUCCAGGAGAAGGUGUUAACAGAAGCUCCAUUCUUCCCAACCCUUCAGUGCCUAUCCACAGCUUUUUGUGUUUAAAGUCUUGUGUCUGCAGUGCAUCCUACACCUCCAGCGAUCUUUAUUUUUUCAAUUGUGGAUCUUGAAUGGGGGAGGGAGGGAAGAAUGAAUGUAGAGGGGGCAGACUUGUUAUUGAGGUAACUUUAUAAAACUGUGUUACCAUUGCUUAGGUUUGGGAUUGGGGUUUUUUCCCAUGAGGAGGGGAAAUGGAAAGGAUAAUUUUCAGUACUCCCAUUUUUAUUUUUAUUUUUAUUUUAAAAAGAUAUGCUUGUUUAAACAACGGAAGAUUCUCAUAGGACUGAUAGCUGAUUGUCCAUUUUAUUUUGUAUGUGUAAUUUUGUGCAAGAAGGAUUUAGCUGUCUUUGUAAUUUUAGAGUUAAAAAUAAAAUGUAAACAGCAUAAUGGCUUAGGUUUCCCACGGUGUACUGUCUUUUGCAAUACAGCUAUAUAAAACAACAUUGAAAAUUCAGGCUCAGCUGUACAUUCUCAAAAUGGGACCAUGCGCGGUUGAUUCUGUAAAGCUUGAAGGGGGGAGAGAGUUCUGCAUCAGUGAAAGUGCAAUGGAAGGAAACAAACUUCUGUUGGUGUCUAAACUAUGGGAACACUUUCUUGGGUUAUUGUGAAGAAUCUGGAUGAAUGGAAAGUUUCACCAUGAAAAUCUCCACAUAAUUAGCCACUAGAUGGCAGCCUUGCAAGGCAUGAUCUCACUUUACAAUGGAAAAAAGGCAGUUAAGAAAUAGUUGUGUAUUUCACAGGGAAAAGGCCAACCAAUUUGCAAGUAGGUUCCUUAGUCCUAUGCAAACUGAUCCACAGUAUGCGGCAAGCAUGUUUCAGCAAAUGCAGUGAUUAUGUGCUAUGGAAUGUAAAUGUAUUUGUGAGCACAAUAGACACGUGCAUGAAAACCCAACUGUCAAUUUCAGUUCUCCUUUUAAAUUUUUCCAAUCUUAAAUUCUCCACAUUUCUGUAGCAGUUUAGUGUUUUUUUUAAAAAAAAUCCUCAUGAAAAGCCACCAGCAUUUUUAAUUUCUCCUAAUCACAUUUUUUGCAUACAGUUUUAACCAAUGUACACUUUUUUGGGGGGGCAAUGAAUUGGUCAUAUGCAAUUUUGUAUGUUACUUCCAUGGAUACAUUCAUUUUUAUCCACAUUUUCCCCUAAUAUAUGCAUUUUUGCAAACAGUUUACUCGGAGAACUACAUUACAAAAUUCAGAUAAGUAUGAAUUUUUAAGGAUGGCUGUAUUUCAGUUCUUGUAUCAUUUUGUAAAGUGUCGGUUCAGUAGAUCACACAUUUAAUGUUAAUGGAAUUGAAUUUCUCUCCCCUCCCUACCCAACUUUGCUCCUUGAGGUGUGUCCAUUAUGUGUUUAAAACAGUGCUUCAUUCUAAAGUCCACAUGGCAAAUACACUUCCCAUCC